AUGUUUUCCGCCAGACCCGCGCUCCACAGGCAGGAGGACGGCCCUAGAUACUGCGGGGUCACCACGCUGAAUCCCUGCAAGUGCUGCGAGUGUCCCAACUGGGAGAGGCACGGGUGCCACUGCCCCCCGAACAACAAUGUCACCCAGGACGACGUCAACCAGUACCUCGCCUUUGAGCGCCGCCGCAUGGCCCGCCGCGCCCUCGACCCCGAGUGGCAGGCCAUCGACCCCAUCGAGAACGGCCGUCCGUGCAUCGACCCGGGCUGCCCGCCGCGCAGCUUCUCCCAGUGCAGCCCCAGGCCUGGCCCCCGUGCCUUCGGGGAGGGCGCACUGGGAUGCUGCGGCGAGGUCUUCGAUCCAGACCACCCCUGUUGCGAGGCCUGUGCAGAGGCGCACGGCAGGCGUCCUAAUACAAGACAAGGAUUUGCACAAACAAUGCGAAGAAAUCCCAGAUGUGCAAGAGGUACAUUAAAUGCACAAGCUUCACGUCCCGUUUAUGUAUGCAGUCUUCCACAAAAGGCCAUUACUUUCACGGAAUCAGCGAAUGCACGCAAGCAAGAGAAGUAUUAUACUACCUGUCCUCUGAAGACAACUACCCGUUACGUUGUCAAUCCAAAUGAACCACCCAUUCUUCAAACCUCCCGCGGAGACAGCUGGUAUGAUGUUCCGACUCAAGCUUUAUAUACCUCGCUUAGCCCUCAUCUAAGAUCUGGAAGAAUCCAUCUAUACAAUCCCUAUAAAUCAACGGACAUUGCAAACGUGUCUUACACAUCCCAAACGUGCGAUCUUGUUGACUCGAAACGUGAUCAGGCAUAUGUGCACGCGCUUCAAGCCAAGAACACCCAAAGGCAGCACAUGCUCGAUUGGUCGCUCACAGGUUCCAAGCCAGCAGCACACUUUCACAGAACGUGGAAAGGAAACUAUUAA